CCUGAGGCAGAUAUGGAUUUUCCGGAUUCUGGUUUCUGCCUUGCUGCCUUGUGGCCCACUUUCUCAGGCUGGAACUCACAUCACCUGACCCAACCGAAGCGAAGCCAAGCCCUGCCGCACACAAACCAUCCACACCCGAAGGUCGACAACUUCAUCCGUCCAUCCAACAAGCUCGCCGUCGCGAUCAACACUUCAAGAUGCCGAGCCACAAGACUUUCCGCACCAAGCAAAAGCUUGCCAAAGCUCAGCGCCAGAACCGUCCCAUCCCCCAGUGGAUCCGUCUGCGUACCGGCAACACCAUCAGAUACAACGCCAAGCGACGACACUGGCGCAAGUCGACCCUGAAGGUCUAAAUUCUCCUCGGAGAAUCACCCCACCUUCCGUGCAGCCAUCCGAUAUCCCGUCUCGCGAUGUCUUAUGUGUGUUUUGAUCGGGGGUUGGAAAUCAACGGGUUCUACAUUACGGUGUAGAGUCGUCCAACCUCUUAUGACGUGACGCCCGCACCGAAUAUCAAUAUUUUCGAAAAACCCAUGCGCCGACCGGACUUGAGAGCGCUAGUGGAUGUGGAACUACUUUCAAGUCUUUUGCAACAAUUACAUUUUUUCAAAAUACAUCUCCGGGGGUGGCCGG